AUGGUGGUGGGAAGCCUCCCAAUUAUCAUCUGGGGGCAGAAGUGUAUCACCCCAACUUUUUUGCAAGGCAGCUUGGCUGACCACAGCUUAUUUCACUCAAAUCCUACAGGAGCUGCAAUCGGGCUUCUUCUUGGAGGGACCUGGAUGACCUGGAGAAGCCCUAUUUUGACGCCUGCCGAUUUUGACGCCUGGUGGAAAGCUCGAUUUCGAAAUCUGGUAGUGCUUUUUGAUGGCUGGGAUGGCUGGGCCCUUCGUACAGGAGAGGAGACUCACAAGUUUAUGGUGCAGACCAUAAAGGACAUCAAUGCCCAAGCUCUGGAAGUUACUUCUGUCACAACUGCUGGGGACCUGGAGCUUCCUUCUGGAGAGGAAGAAGAAGAAGAAGAUCAAGCAGAACAGACUCCCGUUGAGGCCACUCCUUCGGUCAGAAGGAAAAGAAAGGAAACUGCUCAACCUGCGACUUCAACUGAAGAUCUUUCUCCUCCUCCUUCUAAGUCAAAAAGGCUUAGAAAGAGGACGGUGGUGGAAUAUGUGACCGCAGAAGGAACUGCUGCAGCUCCCAACGCCACUUCAGACACGGAUGAAGAACUGAGAGAGGCUUUUGAGGCUGUGGAGCAAGAGAAGGAGUUGGAAGAGCUGGAAGAAGUAGGAGAGGGGCCUCAGGAGAAGGCCAAGACAAUGGAAGAAGAGGAGGAAAUUCCUGCUGAGGCAGAACACUCUACUGCUAUUCCAGCGGCUGAGGAGCAGGCAGGACAGUCUGUGUCAGAACCUGUGGACCAGGCUGUGGUGGUUCCAGAACACUCUACUGCUGGAGCAGAAGUGGAUGCCUCUGCUCGUGAAGUUAUGUCUUUCCAGGUAGAAGUGUCCAGAUCUGUUGGUCCCCUGUCAGUGGUGACUAGCCCCUUGAAGCCCCCAAUUGUUGCUAUGCCUAUUCAUUCCCUUCCAGGUUCAUCUGCCACAACCUCCUUUGCUAAUCCAGAAUUGACACAGUUUGAAGCCAUGGACUUAGAUGCCCAACUAGACAGAUUGGAGAUGCUUAGCUCUCCUAUAGGUAAGGCAAAAUCCAAGGCAGUGGAGGAGGCUAUGGAGGGGCUGAAGAUCUGGCAGUCUAAUGAACUGGAGUUAGAUGAGGAUAGGGAAGCCAUUGACCAGCUGAUGAAGGAUCUGGACCUGCUGCACAGACCGAACAUGGCCCCUAAACCUAUACUCGAGAUGAGCCUUGGUCUGGCAAGGGAUGUGCUCAACCUUCACAACCGGUAUGAGGAUCUCAAGCCUACCUUCAAAACCUCUGAGUUCUGCAAGGCCACUCAUGAAGCCAACUUGGCUGAUUUUGCAAAGCAGAAGGCAGAACUGGACCAGAUAGUGGCGGGAUACAAGGAAGCCAAGGCAGACAAGCUGGAGAAGCUCGGGGCUGGACUGAGCUCCAAGACUAACGCUACCUUCCUUGUGCAGAGCAUGCUGCAGCUUCCAGGCCAGCCCUAG